AUGAGCGAACGAGUCAAUAAACCCAUAAGGGUAUGGUGCGACGGAUGGUGAGUACUCUCGAGUAAUUUAUUUUUCUCGUCCCGAAUGCUUGUCGUAGGCGUCGGAUCAUAUUGGUUUUUUCUCUUGCAUAGCUUUGACAUGGUUCAUUUCGGCCACGCCAAUUCGUUGAGACAGGCCAAAGCUUUGGGUCAUUAUCUGGUCGUCGGCAUACACACCGACGAGGAAAUCACAAAGCACAAAGGUCCGCCCGUUUUCACCGAAAAAGAGAGGUUUGUACCCGUCUAAUCAUUUCAAAUGUGUUUUCCAACUCAGUUAUUAGUAACGUAUUUCAACACAUAAUAUUAUCACACUGACUGAAAUUUGCAUUUGUUAGUUAUUCGAUGCCAAGUGGGUCGUCUCUUAGUUUAUAACUACAUUUCCUGCUUGAGGCCCAUCGGGUAGCAUAGAGUGAUAUAUAUUUUUAUGACGCAUUUUAUUGUGUUAUGAUAAUGAGAAUGCUGUAAAACAUAAAAAAAUGGAUAUGAUACUAUCGUAGACACUUAAUUUGAUUGGUUUUCUUUUUUUUUUUUUAAUGACCUGGAAUUUCAAUUAUACAUGUAGAAAUAUAGCUAAAGAAGUAUUUCUGUUUUAUAUUUAUAAGAUUCAAAAUAUAUUUAAAUUUAUGAUUUUCCAAAGAAAAUAAGAACAUUAAUCUUUUUGAAUUAGGAACCUAUACUUAAUAUUAAUAUGCAUUAUUUACCCUUUCCUUUAAAUUGUCUACAAAACAAGUUCAUAUUUAUAGUAAAUUCAGAUAAUUGUAUUUCAACAUCCUUAUUUUAACCAUGGUUAGUUAUUUAAGUUUAUGACAAAUAUUAACUGAAAUUAUUAUUAUAAUUAUAAUUAUAUUUUAUUAUAUUUUACUAGUUGGGGAUAAAUGACUAGUUGUGUUUAUCGAUUUAUUUUUUAACUGUUUGAUGUGGAUCUUUAAAAUACAAUUAUCAUUUUUUGACAAAUAAACAAUGACUAUUAUAGUAGAGUACUGUGUUUUGUGAUAACAUACUUCAUUUACUUUUUUUUAUUGAGAAUUUAAUUUUAUAUUAGCUUCUUUUUUUAAAUUUGAAUUGUCAAUUAUUUUAUAGUUAAACAAAUGAAAACGUCUAUUAAAUAUAUGAAAUAAAUUGAAUACCAUUUUAUUUUUACUAAAUCAAGUUUAAUAUUUAUCUCAGUUAUUUUUUAAAAUAAUUAUAAAUAUUUUUUUUAAAAAAGAGUUAAAAAACUUAUCUGUCAAACAAAAUUAUACUCUAGAAGGUGAUUCUUUCAAUGUCAAGCACUCAUUAUUCACAAUGUAUUGACUUUAAAAAAAAAAAUGUUUUUAACGAUUUUAUAAACAAACAGCCCUAAAAUGUUACAUUUUCAUUAUUUUUGGUCACUCUUAAUUUUGGGAGUGAAACGACUACCAAAUUUUUAAAUAGUAACUUACAUUACCAGUUUCAUGAAUAAAUAGAUUAUUAGUUUAAAUACAUUUUGGUGUUAAAAUUGUUGAUUUCCAUCAACCCGUUCAUGAGAUAUUUCAAUUUUAAAUUUGUAAUAGGGGAAAAUAGCAGAGUAUCAUUUGUGUGACUGCACAAUGUGCAGCUUUGAAUGUUGUUCCUUUACUCACCCCUACUUAAACUUAAAAAUGGAAUAUCUUGUGAAUCAGUUGAUGAAAAUCAAAAAUGUAUUUACACUAACACUCUAUUUAUUUAUGGAACUUUUGAUGUAGAUUACUAUUUGAAAAUCAAAAGUUUGUUUCUGUUCACUCUGAAACAAAGGUAAAAAUAAUGGUAUAUGUAAGAGCAGUUUGUUACUUAAAUUGUCAAAACACACAAUUUUUUUUGAACAAAUUCAAUACUUUUUUAAAUAAUGGAUGAUCAACAAUAAAAAAAAUACCUUGUAUAUAUUUUAAUAUUAAAAUAACUACUUAUUUAUUGGUUUUUAUACAAAAGAUUCAAUUUUUAUAUCUGCUUGAAUAUGUUAAUAUGUUGAAACAAAUAAUUAAAAUAACAUUACUUAUUUGGAUUGACCUAUCAUAUUUUAAUUAAUUAGUAUUUCCUAAUUGAUAUUAAUGAAAUGGAAAUAAAAAAGACUGACAUAUUUUACACAUGGGUGGGCAAUUGUUGGGUUAGGUUCAGUAGGUAGAGAAGAAAUUUAAUGUAUAUCUGUACGCAACAGUACAAAAAAUAUUCCAAGUCGGAAUUGCUUUGUCAACAAUAUAUAAUAUGUUAUAUUAUGGUAAAAUAAUUGCAUAUGCAUUAUAUAUUUUAUUUAAUAGUUGUUUAAUAUUGUUUACCUAUUUUCCCAGUUUUUCUUCGUUUUCCCCCGUUUUUUCCAAUAAAUUGGAAAAACUUCUGAGAAAAUCAAAAAAUUACCUCCCUAAGUACCUCCCCAGUCUGAAUUUCUUUUUGAAAAAGUGCUAUCAUUGAAAAUCUGAGCAAAAUUGCUGGUAGAAAAGUUGUUCACAGAACAAAAAAAAAGAAAUAAACAUUGUAAAACCAAUAUAUUCCUACCUCUACUCAGAAUCUAAAAUAUAUCCAAAUAUUGAUUUGUUAGUUAGUAUAUUUGAUAGUAGUUUAUAAUAAUUACUUAUUAAACUCAUGAAAAUAAUUUUAAUUUGUCAUUAAAUGUAUUUUAUGAACUAAAACAAAUUAAUUAAUUUUAAUAAAAUUUCAAGGUACAAAAUGGUGAAAGCAAUUAAAUGGGUUGAUGAAGUAGUAGAAGGUGCUCCUUAUGUUACAAAUCUUGAAACUUUAGAUCAACACAACUGCGAUUUCUGUGUUCAUGGAGGUAAAUAAUUAUUUUUGUUAUUAUAUUUUUAAUAAAUUUAAAUUAUUUGCCUAUGUUUUUAUUUUUGUAGAUGAUAUAACAGUCACAGCUGAUGGAGUUGACACAUAUCAUCUUGUUAAAAACGCUAACAGAUACAAGUAUGAUGGAUAACUAAUUUGUAUACAUUAUUUAACCAUAAAUAGUAUAUUAAUUUCUCAUAUUUUUAUAGGGAAGUUAAACGGACCGAAGGAAUUUCAACUACAGAUGUAGUUAGUCGUAUGUUGACAAUGACAAGGCAACAUUUCUAUAAAGGGGAUAAAGAAUAUACAGUAGAAAAAGAACAUUCCUCAAUAAUGGGUCAAGACAAAGCUGCCAGAAGUCCGUGGACAGGAUGUUCACAGUUUUUACCUACUACAAAAAAAAUUAUUCAGUUCAGUGAAGGUACAGAGCCUAAAGUAAGAAAAUUGUUUUGCUUUGAAUUCUAUUAUCUUGAAACACAUUUUAACAAAAAUAUUUUGUUAUAAUUUCAGCCUACUGAUAGGGUAGUGUAUGUUGCUGGAGCUUUCGAUAUAUUUCAUGUUGGUCAUUUAGACUUCCUAGAAAAAGCACAUAGACACGGUGAUUUUCUUAUUGUUGGUCUACACACUGAUCCGGUAGUUAAUCAAUAUAAAGGCUUCAAUUACCCCAUUAUGAAUUUACAUGAAAGAGUUUUGAGCGUUCUUGCAUGCAAAGUAAUAUUUUUUUAUAAUUUAUUAAAACCGGCAGAAGUAUUUAGUGAUUAAUUUUUUAGUAUGUAUCCGAAGUUGUAAUUGGAGCGCCAUAUAGUGUAACAGCCGAUUUAAUGAAACAUUUUCAUGUUGAUGUUGUGUGCCAUGGUAAAACGCCAGUGAAAAUGGAUGUAAAUAAUCAAGACCCAUAUGCAAUUCCAAAGGCAAUGAAUAAAUUUGUGACUGUUGAUUCAGAAAAUAAUAUGACAACAGAAAAAAUUGUCGAGCGUAUUAUAAUAAAUAGGUAAAAGAAAAUAAUAAUACCUAAAUUCCUUGGUAACAGUUUAAUUUAAUUAUUUGUAUAAGAAAUUUAAUGUUUAACUGCUCAAAACAAUUAAUUAUUGCUAACAAAAAACAAUUCUGUGGGUAUACAAGUUUAUCCAUCUAAGUGGGUACAUUCAAUAUCUCAGAAAGUAUUCUUUUUUCUAUUUUUUUUUUUCCAGAAAAUUUAAAGAAAUUUAACAUUUACAUCUUUUUUUGUUAACCUCAUUUUUGGGGGUGAAACGACUACCUACUUUUGAUUUUCAAAUGGCAAUAUAUAUUACAAAUUCCAUAAAUAGAUAGAGUAUUAGUUAAAAUUAUUAGUUGACGUUUUAAUAUCUAGUUUUCAUUAACCCUUUGAUGAGAUAUUCCACUUUAAAGGGUAGGAAGAAAGUGGUAGCACGACGUGUGACAUUCUUUUAAUGCACCACUAUUUUCCCCCGACCAAACCUUAAAACUGGAAUUUCUCUUCAACUGAUUGAUGGAAGUGAAACAUUUUAGCACCAAAAUUAAUAACUAAUACUCCAUCUAAUUAUAGAAUUUUUAAAAUAGGUUGCUAUUUGAAAAUCAAAUGUAGGUAGUCGUUUUUCACCUCCAAAAAUAGGGCAACAAAAAAAAAAAUGUAAAAGUUACAUUUUAGAGUAGCUUGUUUCUUAAAUUUUCAAAAAAACAAAUGGAAAAAGUAAAUACUUUUUAAGAUAUUGAGUGUACUUCACUUAAAUGGAUCACCUUGUAUACAUGUUAUGAAAGGCCGUAAUAUUUACGAUUUGAAAAUAAUAAAUUUCAUACAUUUACUAAUUUUUCCUGCUUUUUCUUCUGGGUUUUUUUCAUUUACUAUGAAUACCUCUGAGAAAAUCAAAAAAAGACUUCUUAAAUGUACCACCUCGGUCAAAUUUUCUUUCAGCAAUUUCUGCACUUGAAAAUUAGAGCAAAAUUUCUGUUAGGAAAGUUGUUCACAGAAAAAAAAAAAUAUAAUAUGUUGAAAACCAUAUUGUUUUAUCCUUUUGAUAAGCUAUUUUUGAAUGAGUUUAUGGUUCAGAAAUAUUUAGAACAAUAUAAACUGUAAACAUUUUUUAUAUCUUUUAAAUAAAAUAAAUUUAGCUUUUAUUUUUGUUUUACUAUGUUUUCUUUCUUUCUGUGAACAACUUUUCUACCAGUAAUUUUGCUCCGAUUGACAAUGCCACUUUUCUAAUAGGUAAUUUUACUGGAGAGGUACUUUAAGAAGAUAAUUUUUUGAUUUUCCUAGGAUUUUUCCAAAUAAAUUAGAAAAACAGAAAAAACUUUGGGAAACUCGGAAAAUAGGUAAAAAAUAUUAAAUAAAUAUUGUUAAGAAAAAUGUAUAAUGCAUAUUAUUUAAUUAUUUUACCAUAAUAUUAUAACAUAUUAUAUAUUGUUGAAAAAGCAACCGAACUUCUGAAACAUUUUUUCGUUAGCAAUGGUUAAUUUUUACAUAGAGGAUAUACGUUAAAUUCCCAUCUAAAUCCUACUUUCCUAACUUCCUACAUACAAUAGUGGCUGUAACUGUCCUUAUUAUCCUAGGACAGCUAUUGUUAUUUUUAUUCGAUUGCGAGUAGUUUAACUCAUUUUUAUUUUUUCUAGAAUGUAAUACUUGAGUGUGACAUCAUACUUGUUUUUGUUAAAAAUACUUAAACAUUAGAUUACUACGUAUUUGUAGUAUGUUUCAUUUUUAUGUUAACACGUUACUUAAGAUAUUAAUUUUAUUUUUACAGACUCGAGUUUGAAGCUAGAAACUUAAAAAAGGAAGCCAAAGAGUUGGCAAUUAUCAAAGAAAUGGAUAAAAUAAAAUUGGAAUCGUGCUAG